UUUGAUUGGAGGAGAGAAGAAGGCCACGGCGGGAGAAGUUCCUGCACUUUACGGCCCGUCGUUGGCACGGACAUGGACACGGAGAUGAGCGUGCGGUGCCGGUCUCAGAAGUCCCGUCCCUGUUAUCCCAUUAAAGGGUUAUGUCUGCUUUUGGCUGCUGCAAAGAUCAAGAGGAUUAAAGUGUGUGUGAGCUUUUCAGCCACUCUGCAAACGUUAGGGCUCAUUCCGCUUCUCCAGCCGGGGCCGACUCUCUCUCCCGCGGGAUCGGAGACAGCAUGGGCGCCCACGGCUCCAGCCUGGACGACAUCCUGGAGGAGGACAUGCACCACUGGUACACCAAGUUCAUGAAGGAGUCGCCGUCGGGCCUCAUCACGCUCUUUGAGCUCAAGACCAUGCUGGAGAUGAAUGGCAUGACGGAGGAGGCCAGCAGCUACGUGGAUCAGGUCUUCUUCACCUUCGACAUGGACGGGGACGGCUACAUUGACUUUGUGGAGUACAUUGCCGCCAUCAGCCUCCUACUCAAAGGAGAAGUUAACCAGAAGCUCAAGUGGUACUUCAAGCUCUUCGACCAGGACGGAAACGGCAAAAUAGACAAGGACGAAAUGGAGACCAUAUUUAAGGCCAUUCAAGACAUCACCAGAAGCUACGACUUUCCCCCCGAAGAGAUCGUGACGCUCAUAUACGAAAGAAUCGACAUCAACGGAGAAGGUGAGCUGACCCUGGAGGAGUUCAUCAGCGGCGCCAAGGAGCAUUCGGACAUCAUGGAGAUGUUGACCAAGAUGAUGGACCUCACCCACGUGCUGGAGAUCAUCAUCAUGGGACAGCAAAAGAAAAGCGUCGCCACAUAGUGAGCCCCGACUUUGAGUCGGAGAAGCGAGGGACGAGAGCAGUCCCGGAAUGUACGCCGCACAGCCGCCGAUUGGACUCUCACGCGGCUGCUUGGAGCGAGCCUUGUGAAGGUUCUACGCCUGCAAGAGGAAGACAAGAUGGCUGCCAUGUUGGAUGUUACUGAAUCAAAACAUGCUGUGAGAUGGUUUACAGCAUUCCAGCAUCUCCAGGACUGCUUUGCUAUAAGUUCAAUAUUCUGUAAAUAGAGACUUCAUUUGAAAACAUUUCUUUCUCAUACUCUGCUGAUUUAGAAUGGUGCUGGCACAAGAUGGCAGAAGAAACACUCAUCUUCCUUUCAAAUAUUAUCCAGCAAGAAUCUUGUUUGUUUUGUGUAUUUUGUUUGAUGAUAAUAUCCACUGUAUGUUUUUUUCUUGUUUAGUCUGACUUGUCAACCAAUUGCAACAUGUUAACCUCGAAAACAAGACUUCUGACCCUUUGUCAGAUUGUGCAGGUGUACCUAAUGACGUGUUCAGUGUUAUGAAUACUUCUACUUCUACUACUUUUGCUAUGCAUGUGUUGCCUUAAAUGAGACAAAGGUU